AGCCGGGCCCGCUGCGUGCGACUCAGUUCCCCGCGCAGCCCCGCUAUGGCCUGCUACAUCUACCAGCUGCCCUCCUGGGUGCUGGACGACCUGUGCCGAAACAUGGACACGCUCAGCGAGUGGGACUGGAUGCAGUUCGCCUCCUACGUGAUCACAGAUCUGACCCAGCUGCGGAAGAUCAAAUCCUUGGAGCGGGUGCAGGGCACGAGCAUCACGCGGGAGCUGCUGUGGUGGUGGGGCAUGCGGCAGGCCACCGUCCAGCAGCUCGUGGACCUCCUGUGCCACCUGGAGCUCUACCGAGCCGCCCAGAUCGUCCUCAACUGGAAAUCGGUUCCUAAAAUCGGGUCUCCCACUCCAGGCUUCCCGGAUGCUGUGAAGCCGGGAAGGCCUUUGGCAGCUUCUAUUAGAACUACCCAGAAUAUGCAGGAAGAAGAACAGCCUGUGAGGCCAGUCCCUUUUCCGGGCCCAGAGUCUGCUCCAGCCAGAGGCCACCAGCAGGCCUUUCUACUGCCUCCUUCUGAAGAAGAUGCCCCUCAUUCCUUAAAAACUGACCUCCCCGCUUCAUCGGACUCAAAGGAUUGCAGCACCUCCAUUCCUAAGCAGGAAGAGCUUUUGAGCUUGGCUGGAGACAGCCUUUUCUGGAGUGAGGCAGACGUGGUUCAGGCAACUGAUGACUUCAAUCAAAACCACAGAAUAAGCGAGGGGACCUUUGCUGACGUCUACAGAGGGCAAAGGCACGGGACGCCACUCAUCUUCAAGAAGCUCAGAGAGACAGCCUGCUCAAGUCCAGGAUCAAUUCAAAGAUUCUUCCAGGCAGAGGUACAAGUUUGUCGUAGAUGCUGCCACCUGAACAUCUUACCUGUGCUGGGCUUCUGUGCUGGAAGACGGUUUCACAGCUUGAUCUACCCCUACAUGGCAAAUGGUUCUUUACAGGACAGACUCCAGGGCCAGGGUGGCUCAGACCCUCUCCCCUGGCCCCAGCGUGUCAGCAUCUGCUUGGGGCUGCUUUGUGCCAUUGAGCACCUGCAUGGCCUGGAGAUCAUCCACAGCAACGUCAAGAGCUCCAAUGUUUUGUUGGACCAAAAUCUCAUCCCCAAGCUGGCUCACCCAUUGGCUCACCUGUGUCCUGUCAACAAAAGGUCAAAGUACACCAUGAUGAAGACCCACCUUUUCCAGGCCUCAGCCGCAUAUCUUCCAGAAGAUUUCAUCAGGGUGGGGCAGCUGACAAAGCGAGUGGACAUCUUCAGCUAUGGAAUAGUAAGAGCUUCCUGCGUAGACCUGGGCACGCGCUCACCCAUCCUUCCCACAGCUCUUUGUAGCACAGGGUGCGGUGGCGGCACAGAGACGCGUUCCGCUACAGAUGUCAUCUCCUGA